AUGCCGAGCCAGCAACUUCUCCUCCUCUUCCUCCUCCCUCUUCUUCUUCUUCUCCAUCCAGGAAACGCCCAAAAUCCCAACCCCAAACUCUGCUCGCCCGAUGAUCAACUUUCCCUCCUCAAAUUCAAAUCCGGCGUCUCUGACAACACCACCACCAAGGUCCUCUCCACAUGGAGGCCCGCCCGCGAUUGUUGCUUCCACUGGAAGGGCGUUCGCUGUAACCUCACCACCGGCGCCGUCACCAGCUUGAAGCUACAUUGUUCCCAGGGCUUGAAACUUCAAGGCGCCCUCUCCCCUGCCCUCGGCUUCCUUCCGUCCCUCCGAGUGCUCGAGCUUGUCGGCUGCAAGCACAUCAAUGGAACCAUCCCCAGGAACCUCCAAAGGCUCACCCAACUCCAGCAGCUCGUCCUCGACGACAACAAUCUCGAAGGUGAACUCCCUUCCCUCUUGCACAGACUCUCCUCCCUCAAGAACCUGUCCUUGUCCAACAACAGGCUCGCCGGAGAGAUUCCCAGAAGCUUGGGAACGCUUCUCACUUUACAAUCCCUCGACCUCAGCCACAACAACUUCUCCGGCUUCAUCCCCAAAUCCAUAGCCAACCUUCCUGCCCUACAAAACCUUGAUCUUUCCUUCAACGCGUUCACAGGCCACCUCCCUGUCAGCUUCAAGAAGGGCCUCCCCGCUCUCAAUUCCAUCGACCUCUCCUACAACAAUCUCACCCUUAGAACCAUCCCGAGUUGGAUACUCCACCGGAAGAACCUGACCGACGUCAACCUCGCCGGGCUCAACCUGACCGGCAACUUACCGGAAUUCCCGCCCAACUCUACCUUGCGAUCGCUGAACGUGUCAAACAACGAGAUCCGCGGUGAGAUCCCGCGCAACAUCUCGAACCUGCAGGAGCUGGAGACGCUGGAUCUGUCAAAGAACAAGAUCGCCGGCAGGAUCCCGUCGACUCUUCGCCUCGUGGAGGGGUUGCAGGUGCUGGACGUGUCUUACAACAGGCUGGUGGGGCCGAUCCCGCGCAGGUUGGAGAUGCUCAACAGCUUGGCGCGCGUCAACUUCAGGAACAACAAGCUCUGCGGAAGAAUUCCGCACGGAGAGUUCUUCAGCAAACGUUCCGCCAGGGUUUACGCCAACAAUCUGUGCCUAUGCGGUCUGCCUCUGAAACCUUGCAGCAAUAUCAUUCCUUGA